AUUUUGAAAACAUUCUCAGUGUGGUCGAUGAAGCGGUGAGAGGAGGUCGUGUAUUUAAUUCCAUCCCAGAAUGGAUUCGGCAUUACGUGAACAGGUCAUGAUAAACCAGUUUGUAAUGGCUGCAGGGGCCACGAGAGAACAGGCGAGACAGUUGUUACAGUCAGCUCACUGGCAGUUUGAGACGGCACUGAGCAUAUUUUUCCAAGAGGCGGUGCCCAAUGGCGGAGCAUCGCAACAUCACCUCAAUCACCUGUGCACACCUGCCAACACACCUGCCACGCCCCCCGCCUUCCCAGAUGCGCUGGCAGCCUUCUCGAGAGUAACUAGGGAUCAUGUUAUCAGUGAGAUUUUUCUUAAUGUUGGCUUGGUGAUGAGAAGCACCAGUGGCUUUUCCCCCCCUCCAGCGCAGUUCCAGCAGCCGCAGUUCCAGGCGCCCCUUUCUCAGCCGCCCUCCAUGGUCAUGCAGCAGCAGCUUCCACAGCAAUCGCAGCCUAGACAGAUAAUUGCAAACAAUGUACACAUCAAUGCACAAAGAUAA